AUGCCUUUCUUUCCCUACCUCGCCCACCAGCGAACUUGCAAGGAAAAACAGGAAGCUCGAGCUGCUGUUAUCGCGGAUCUCCCUUCGCAGUACCACGCCCCGCUCACCCCAGCCGACGUCGAAAUCCUCAAUACCCCCGUCUCCCUCACCGCGUCGAAUGUACGCAAUCACGAAAGCAAGCCUCUCGACAUCCUCCUUGCGUACGGCAAACGCGCCCUCUGGGCCCACCAGCGCACCAACUGCCUAACCGAAAUCGCUAUCCCUACUGCGGAAGAAUGGCUCCACCACUCGCUCGCAUCCUCAUACUCUCCCGAGCUAGGCGGCGUCAAUCUGGACGGUCCGCUUGCUGGAGUACCGGUCAGCCUCAAAGAUACAGUUGGCCUCGCAGGAUACGAGAGCUGCAUUGGGUACUCCCGGUUCGUCGCGGACAAGAUUCCUGCGGAUGCGGCGAUAGUUAAGCUACUCAAGGAUGCUGGUGCUGUGCCUUUCGUCAAGACGAAUGUUCCCAUCACGUUGCUCAGCUUCGAGAGCACGAAUGAUGUAUUCGGGCGCACGGAUAACCCGCAUGUUCCAGGGUUUUCUCCAGGUGGGAGCACCGGCGGCGAGGCAGCGUUGCUUGCUCUCGGUGGGAGUAGGAUCGGCGUAGGGACGGACGUGGCCGGGAGCGUUCGGGUACCUGCUGCAUGGAGCGGGAUCUAUGCACUGCGAUGCUCAACAGGACGAUUCCCAAAGAUUGGAUGUCGAACCAGCAUGCCUGGGCAGGAGGGUGUACUGGCAGUGUAUUCUCCCAUGGCUAAGUCGAUGCAGGACCUCAGUUAUUUCAUGAAGAGCAUUGUCGAGAUGAAGCCGUGGGAAUAUGAUUACACCGUUCACCCAAUCCCGUGGCGCGAGCCAGAAGAAAGAGAGAAAGUCCGUUGGGGAGUCCUGCGAGAUGACGGCGUUGUCCCUCCCACUCCCGCGAUCGAACGCGCUCUCAACACCACCAUCGAAGCACUCCUUGAGGCAGGCGACGAGGUCUUCGAACUCGAAGAUACACCCAGCUGCUACGACGCGCUCCGACUUGCCUCCCGUCUCCUCAACUCCGACGCGGGGGUAACCUACAGCAGCCACUUCACCAGUUUCUUCGAAUCCAGCGACGCCGGAGUCAGUAUCCUCAACACACUCCUCUAUCUCCCCCGUUUCGUCAAGAUCAUCUACGCGGCCUACCACCGCUACAUACGCCGCGACCCCAUCACCGCUGGCCUAAUCGAGGAUUUUCACUCCCGCUCUGUUGCAAGCCAGUGGCAACUGGUCGCACAACGCGAAGAUAUGAAGUGCGCUUGGUUCGAGUACCUCAAGGAGAACCAAGUCGACUUCAUCCUUACCCCCGCUAAUGCGCUUCCCGCUGUCCCAGCCGGCGGAAUGAAAGACACUGUCGCUAGUUGUGGGUACACAUUUAUCUGGAACCUGCUUGACUACACUGCUGGUGUCGUUCCCGUCGGCCGUGUCGAUCCCGUGCUCGACGCAGCAAGGAAAUUCAGCAAAUUCUCCUAUAGAAAGGGCGGACGGGAAGUAAAUCUUUCCAACCUGGUGGCACGUAAGGCAUGGGGUGUGUAUGAUGCGGGGAAGAUGGCUGGGCUACCGACUGCUGUGCAAAUUGUGGGUGGAAGGCUUGAGGAAGAGAGGGUACUCGGCGCGAUGGAACUGGUUGUGGAAGCUCUGCGGAAGAAGGGUGUGUCGUAUCAGGAGAUUAUGGCAGAUGUGGAUUAG